AGACUUAACUGUCAGGCUUAUAGAAUCAUGUGGCCAGACUUUCAGGGUAGUAGUGGAGGUGUUGAUAGUUAAUUUCCCUGAUCUCCAUCUAACUCUGACAUGCCUAUGGCUUCAGGAGAACUGCUGAAGUGUUAUUAAAAACUCAUAUGGCUCAACUGAGGUUUUCCUAGAGACAACAAAGAGCUGAUGUGGGAUCAUCUGGCUUAGGAGUAAUGGGAGCUAUAGGAGUACUUGUUGCACACUGUGUUGUCUCAUGCUUCCUCCAGAUGGUAGCACUGAGUUCAGAACAAUUCACAGUGACUGGCUUACAGAAGCCAGUCUUGGGAACAUUGGGUGGAAGUGUUGAACUGAGUUGUCAGUUGUCUCCACCACAACAAGCACAACAUAUGGAAAUUCGUUGGUUUCGGAAUCGCUAUACAGAGCCUGUGUACCUGUACAGGAAUGGUAAAGACCUGCUUGGAGAAACUACCUCCAAGUAUGUGGAACGGACUGAACUCCUGAAAGAUGCCAUUGAAGAGGGGAAAGUGACCCUCAGGAUCUUUAAACUGACAGCUGAAGAUGAUGGGUCUUACCAUUGUGUCUUCAAAGUUGGGGAGUUCUAUGAAGAGCACAUCACAGAAGUCAAGGUCACAGCCACAAGCUCGGACAUAUACAUUCGCAUGCAGCCCCCUAAUAUCAGAGGUGUGAUGUUGGAGUGUCAUUCAGGAGGUUGGUUCCCACAGCCUCAUAUGGAAUGGAGAGACAACAAGGGAAGUGUCAUUCCAGCUACAUCAAAAGCCCAUUCACAGGAUGAAAACAAAUUGUUCAACAUGUCCAUUACCCUUCUUAUUGAAGCCAGCUCCCACAGAAGUGUCACUUGCUAUUUUCAAAACCUUCUAACUCACCAGGAAGAAAGCAUAAGUAUUUUCCUAUCAGGUGAACUGUUUUCAUGGAAAUGUAUUUGGAUAAUGAUUCUGACUACAAUAGGAUUUAUGCUAAUUGUCUUCUUCAUGACUUAUUGUGUUCAGCAACAUCUAGUACAUGAUAUGGAUAACAAAGAAAAGAGGUUUUGGUGUUGUUUCAGAGCUGAUCAGAACCACAGAGCAAACUGCAGUGGUAGAUUCUCUGAGGCAAUAUGUCAUUGGUUAAAGGCUGCAAUAGUACUCAUGAUUUCAGUGUUUGCAGUUACAGGAGUCAUGCUCAUUUUACAUCUAAAACAAAGAGUUCCAGUUUCAGAUCAACAUUUUGAAUUGGACACUUUGUGGCUUGAAGAUAUUAGUGUGAUCUUGUGUGUGCUGAUAGUGUUUAUCAUCAAGAUCAUUUCAUUUAUUUAUUCCAGAUUGGAAGAAGUCCCGAAUGGAUCCUUCUUCAAUGGAUCCAACCAGAGAAACAUUCCAGAGACCACCAUACAAUCAUAUGAAUGUAGACAACAAGCUCAUGUAGAAGAGAUGCUUUAAGAAGAGGAAGCUGAUAACUUGGGGGAGACAUUAAGAUUUAAACUCAUUAAGCCAAGACCUUGGAGAAACAAUUUGGACCCAAUAAAAUGACUUUCCCUUUUCCUUUGUCCUCUGUUAACUCUUCUUCUUCUUCUUCUUCUUCUUCUUCUUCUUCUUCUUCUUCUUCUUCUUCUU